GAGAAGCUCUUGCCAAUCAUUUGCGUUUGAAGCGUUUAAGUGAAAGGUAGUGCAUAAUGGGCUUUGAUAAAUUAUCAUUGUUUUUGGGUUUGACCAUUGCCAUAGCUGCGAUAAGUCGUCAUUCAGUAAGCGCUUCGGGGGAUGUGUUAAGAUUUUUCAACGAACAGGGUCCUCGCAUCAUCAAUGGCACAGAGGCUACAUUAAAUGCCACCAAACAUCAAGUUUCUGUAAGACGUCGUUUAAAUGAUGGCUACUUCUAUGGUACUGGCCAUAUUUGUGGUGGUUCUUUGAUAUCCGAAAAUGUGGUUCUAUGUGCUGCCCAUUGUGUUAUAGAUCAAUUUGCAUACAAUGGCACUUAUUUGCCAGCGUCUGAUUUUAUUGUGGUCAUGGGUAAUUUGAACCGUUUUGAAAAGGAUAACAACACUCUGGUAUUGGAUGUUACAAAAAUUGUGAAGUACCGUGAUCCCUUCAAUGUGACCACAUUUGACAAUGAUUUGGUGUUGCUCAUGCUCAACGACACAGUGCCUGCCAACCAUUCAACAAUUGAACCGAUUGUGCUCAAUGAAGGACCACUAAAAGAGGGGACAUUGUGUCAAGUUACCGGAUGGGGUAAGACAGAAGAAGGCUAUCUCUCCGACUAUUUAAUGACUGUAGAUGUGCCCUAUAUAAGUUAUGAUGAGUGUCGCACUAAAUCUAAUUACUCCACCUCCAUACAUGAGAAUAUGCUGUGCGCCGGCUAUAUGGAGGGCGAGCGUGAUGCCUGUCAAGGUGAUUCUGGUGGUCCUUUGGUAUGUGAAGGCCUUCAGGCUGGCAUUGUUUCAUGGGGCACUGGCUGCGCUUUGCCUUUAAGACCAGGUGUAUACACCGAUGUGGCCUAUCAUAAGCAAUGGAUUUUGGAAAAAGUGGCCGAGAAUAAUGGUACCUUGCCGAAGUUUGCAAGGGCAAGUGCUAUGACAAAUACUAACAUUUCAUUGUUCCUUGUUUUGUUUAUGGUUGCUAUAAAUGUGAUUCUUUCUAAACUUUAAGAACAUAUGAAUUUGUGUAAAUAUAUUUUCGGAAAAACAUGCGAACCACAA